AUGCUUUCUGAGAGCCAACAAGAAGCGUCCUUCGCCAUAACAAGUUGUGAAGAGAAGGAAGGAAGAGCGCAUACGAAGGAGGCCAGCAACGGUCUGUACGAAUUAGAUGCUGCCACUCUGCUUGAAAACGCUUUCAAGACAUCCCCAGCAAAGCACCAAUUUUUGACGGCUCACGCCCAUUCACUGGAAACUAGGGCGGUUCUCAAAGUCUCGGAGCAAGCUCUUCCAAAUCACUUGACCGCUCAUACCUUGGCUGGGGCUGGCAGAAUCUCCGUUGCGCCUUAUGCACUGAUUGACGAUGCAUCAGGAAGUUUGUUGGCAUUCUACCACCUCGGAACUGACCUAUCUGGCCAUACAGGACUGGUUCAUGGAGGGUUUCUUGCUGUACUCUUAGACGAAUGCAUGGGACGCGCCUGUUUUCCUCUUCUGCCAGAGAAGCUCGCUGUGACUGCACACAUUGAGCUGGAUUACAAGAAUCCGGUCAAAGCAAACACCGUCAUCGUCAUCCGUGCAGAAACGGAACGAGUCGAGGGUCGGAAAGCGUGGGUCAAAGGCACUGUCGAGGCUGUUGGCCCGAACGAUGGACAGGUCCUUGUUGAUUGUCACGCUCUUUUCAUACAGCCCAAAUGGGUUGCAGGAAUGGAGCAAUUGGUGUGA